AUGGAGGACUCCUUCUUCCUCGUCACGGCUUUCGACAGCCAUUAUGACGCAGGAUUCCUGUGCGCAGCCUCGCACAAAGCUUAUGCCGAGAAACAUGGCCAGCGGCAGAAGGCCUUUGUCCUGUCCGCGCAAGAGCUCGGUGAGCUUUGUGAGCAGAGGGCCUUUCAAUGGGCGAAGGUGGCCUUGCUGCGGCGGCUACUGCGGGAGGAGCCCAGAGCCAGUUGGCUGGUGUGGCUGGACGCGGAUGCGCUGUUGCUGGACUUCGAGACCGAGCUGCGGCAGAUCGUGGCGAAGGCCGAAAAGGGCUGCGAUGUGAUCGUUUCAGAAGACAUGUCCUGCGCCAGCGAGAUCAACACCGGGGUGAUCUUUGUGCGGACAUCUUCGCAGUGGGCCCUUCGCCUUUUCGAUGAGGUUUGGCAGGGCGCAGAUCCCAAGCUGUACCACGCGCCGUUUCACGAGCAGACGGCGCUGUGCAGGCGCCUUCGCCAGCGGCUGAAGGGUCCUUGGCAGUGGAGCUGGCAGGGCGGCCCGCGAUGUCAGGUCCUGGAAAAGGUGAUGGUCCUCGACUGCGGCCUUUUGAACUUCAAGCAUCCCGAGCAGCGGCCGUUUGCCGUGCACCUCGUGGAUGACCACCUCCGCCGGGGCGGGCUCAGCAAAGCCGCGCGGGCGCGGCAGCUGCUGACCCAGCGCUGGGGGAGGUCCUGCAGCCCAGUGAGCGGAGAUCCCUCCCCAAAGAUGCGGGAGGCCUGCGCUUUCUGGAACGCCUCGCUGGCCUCAAUGAACUUGGAGCCUCCGAAGCUGAGCGAGCUGCCGAUGUCUGCCGCUGCGGUGGAGGUGGCGGACGCCGCCUUUUCCGCGGCUGAGCGGGCACCCUGGGUGCUGGCGCAGUUGGAAUGCAGCGAGGACUUGGUCACGGUGACACCUUGGGGCCCCUGGCGCCCGGCAGACGGGCCCGUGCAGCGCCCGGCGCGGCUCUGGGAGCUCUGCCGCUACCUCAGGGGCGCGCCGCCGGCGCACCACGCAUACCUGGGUCAGCGCCCAUGGACCGGGCCAGGCGUGGGCUGGCAGGCCACCUGGCGCUUCGGCCCGGAACUUGAGAAUUCGGAGCUUUGGCUGGCGCCGGCCGGAGCGAGGCGGCGGCUGGAGCGGCUGGAGACGCAGCUCUUGGUCGCUCCUAUGGAUGGCGUGGUGGAUGUGGCGGUCCUUGGGUCGGAGGAGGACUGCCAGGUGGAAAGCGAAGGCGGCGACCCCUUCGCGGACCGCCGCUUCCGCGUCGCGCGGCUGGCGCCCGGGCAGCAGACGGCGGUGCAGCGGUUGCAGUGGCUGGCGCUGAGGGCGGCCAGUCCCUGCAGCGUGCUGCUGCGGCGCAUUCCGUCCGAUGCGGACACCGCGGGCAGAGAGGCGGCCGGCGCGCGGUUGCCGCCGAAGCCCUGGCCGGCGGCGGCGUGCCGCCGCGCGGGCGAGAGCUGCGGCGCCUGGGCGGUGCGCCUGGGAGGUGUGCCUGCGCCCUGCUUUCCGGACGCUUGGUAUGUGGCGCGCUACACCAUCUGGCGCGAGGACGGGCGCUGCCUGUGCUCAGAGGGCCCGGCCUUGCUCUGCGCCAGCGGCCGCGCCGACCUUCAGCGGCCGGUGGGGCCGCGUCUGGCAGGCGCCGCCUGCGCCUUGCUGGGCCUCGCCCCCCGAAGAGCGGCGAAGGCGGCGCUGCUGGCGCCGCUCACCGCGGCGCUGGCGCCCGAGGCGAACUGCGGGGAUUUGCUGGUGGAGGUGGAGGUCUUGGGCCUGGCGGGGAACCCUUGCGCCUGCGGCGACUCCUUCCCCGAGUUCGCCUGCGGCGCUUGCGGGCUGAAGGGGUAG